AUGUCAAAUUCAGAUUGGGAUUCCGUUACUAUCAUUGGAUCUAAAGCCAGAAUUGGUGGCGGUGGACCAAGAGAGACAGUUGCUAAGACGUCAUCUCAAUUAAAUGCUGCUAGAAGAGCUGGAGCCGUUAUUGGUACUGAAAAGAAAUAUGGUAGUACCAAUACUAGAUCUAAUCCUGAAGGUCAAAGAUUAACCAAAUUAGAUGAUAUUGAUGAUGUUGUUGCUGUUAAGAAAGUUGAUGCCAGUGUUGGUAAAGCUAUUCAACAAGCUAGACAAGAAAAGAAAUUCACUCAAAAGGAUUUAGCUACUAAAGUGAAUGAAAAACCAAAUGUGAUUAAUGAUUAUGAAGCUGGUAGAGCUGUACCAAGUCAACAAUUAUUAGCCAAGUUGGAACGUGCUUUAGGUGUAAAGUUAAGAGGUAAGAAUAUUGGUGAACCAUUAUUUGGAAAAAAGUAA